AUGUCAUUUAACUUUAGGCUUAAGUCUGACAAACUCUUUUUCCAUUUCAUCACAUAUCUAAAACGAUAUGCAUCAUCGAGAGUUGAACCUUUUCCAAUUCCUUUUCAUACAGUGAAACCAGAACUUGCUCCUCAACAGUACAUCAAUAAAACAGUAACUUAUGCUGAAGAUAUUACAGUAGAAAAUCAACAUGAAAAAUUAUUCAAUCUUCUAUUACCAUUAUGGAAGACGCCAUAUGACGAACAAUUAAAAAUUAAACAAACGAUGGUAAAUCAAACAUUUGAGCAAAUUGGGCGUGCUAUAUUAUGGGAUAGACGAAUUGAUACACGCGUAUUGAAACAUAUUGAAUUUCGAAAGGGGGAUUUUUGUCAUGUUGAAUCAAUUAUCCCAUCGGUAUUCAUCGAAAAUUAUCGUUCUAAAGAUGAUUUAUCAUGUGGUUUCUCUGUGGAUGGACAAAAAACAAUUGGAUUUUAUAUUAAUUCGAAAAAUGGCAAAUCUAGUCGAUCUGUUUGUGUCCCACCGCUGUAUUUACCGAAUAUGAAAACAAAGCAUAAAAUUGUCACAAAACAUUUAAAUUUAUUUAUAAAACAUCAUUCUCUUGCAAUUAUGGAAAAUGUUUCUGAAAAUUAUAUGAAAAAAAAUCAAUAUUGGCGUUCAGCUAUCAUUAAAACAAAUGAAAAAAAUGAACUAAUGUUAAUUAUUAUUGUACAUCCACAGACGUUAAGUAAGGAUGAAUUAAAUACAAUGAAACAAGAUUUAGUGAAUUAUUUUAUAAAUGGUGAUGGAAGAGAGUGUAAUAUAACAUCAUUGUAUUUUCAGCCAUGUGCACAUAGUCGAUGUUUUGGUGAUUAUGAAUUGUUAUAUGGUGAUGAAUAUUUAUUUGAGAUAUAUAAUGGAAAAAAAUUUCGUAUAUCAGUUGAAUCACCUUUAGUCGGUAAUAAACAAGCGAUGGAGAGUGUUUAUGAGUUGGUUAUGAAACAUGCACAAAUUGACAAAGAUACAAUUGUGCUUGAUAUUGGUGGAAGUGGAAUUGGUGUUUAUUCUGUCUUAAGUUCACCAUUAGCAAAACGCGUGUAUAGUAUAGAACCAUUACAAUCAGCCAUUGCCGAUGGUCAAUAUAAUGCUAAAUUAAAUAAUUGUGAAGAUAAUAUCCAAUGGAUGUAUGGAUUUGAUGAGGCGCAAUUACAUCGUGUAAUACAAAAAGUGGGCGAGAUGAAUGGAACCGAUACAAAAAUUGUAGCCAUUGUUAAUCCAUCAAGAUUUGAUUUAUCAAGUAAAGCAACAGCUGCACUUCGUAGUGUAGGAAAUGUUCAAAAGUUAAUCUAUGUAUCAGCUAAAGUGGAUCAACAUGCGAUGUAUCAUUUUUAUGAAUUAUCAGCUGGAGAUAAAUCAAAAAAAACAGUUCUAAAUAAUGCAUUUGUUCUAACCAAAGUCUAUCCUGUUGACGCAUUUCCACAUACAAUUAAUUCCGAAGUUGUAAUCAUUUUUGAUCGUGUAAAUUAG